ACUUGUUUUAUAAGGAAUAUCAAGGAAAAUGUGAUAAUAUUACGGAAUUUUCUAUCGUCUGAAUGUUUAGUUCGUUAUCCUUUACUCUAGGAAGAUUUGUUAUAAUUUUAUGUCGAGUUGAUUUUAUACAACCGCGUGUUGUGCUACGCUGAAAGAGUUGAAAACAAGAAGCUAUGGCAAACGUAUCCGUUGACAAAGAGACAUUCUUUCGGCGCAUGAAGCGUCUUUACACCGCAUGGAAGGAUGGAGAAGUUGGUACAGAUGACAGUUUUAGUAAAAUGGAUUGCCUCGUGUCUGCUGUGGGCACAGACGAGGAUAUCGUUUAUAGUAAAUCCACAGCGUUACAAACAUGGCUCCUCAGUUAUGAACUUACAGAUACUAUCAUGAUUUUAUCUGAAGAAUCUAUUUGCUUCUUGGCUAGUAAGAAAAAGAUUGAAUUUUUAAGGAAGCUUGAAAAUCAGAAAACGGAAGAGACUGGAGUGCCUCCUGUGAAAUUAUUUGUGAGAGAUAGAAAUGAUGAGGAUAAAGCCAAUUUUGCCAAACUCAUUGAAACUGUAAAACAAAGUAAAAAGGGUAAAACAUUGGGCGUUUUUUCGAAAGAAAAUUAUCCAGGUGCCUUUAUGGAUGCAUGGAGAGCUGCUUUGAAAUCAGAAUCUUUUGAUACUGUUGAUGUGAGUGCUGCAGCUGCAUAUGUAAUGUGUCCAAAAGAGGAUGCUGAAAUUCUUACCAUAAAGAAAGCAUGUUUAGUGUCUGUAGACGUUUUUACAAAGUACCUUAAGGAUCAAAUUAUGGAAAUUAUAGAUUCUGAUAAGCAAGUUAAGCAUUCAAAGCUUGCUGAAGGUGUAGAUGCGGCUAUUACAAAUAAGAAGUAUGUAACUGGUGUUGAUGUUACCCAAGUAGAUAUGUGUUAUCCUGCAAUAAUACAAAGUGGUGGAAACUAUUCUUUGAAGUUCAGUGUUGUUAGUGAUAAAAACAUUUUGCAUUUUGGUGUAAUUGUUUGUUCCCUCGGAGCACGUUACAAGUCCUAUUGUUCCAAUAUAGUUCGAACAUUGUUAGUGAAUCCCACUAAACUGAUUGAGGAUAAUUAUAACUUUCUUUUGCAAUUAGAAGAAGAGAUUCUGAAGAAAUUGAUGGCUGGAGUGAAAAUAAGUGAAGUAUAUGAAACAGGUGUUAAAUAUGUAAAAGAUCAAAAACCGGAAAUGAUAGAUCAUUUAACUAAAAACUUCGGAUUUGCGAUGGGUAUCGAAUUCAGAGAAAGUUCUUUACUUAUUGGUCCAAAAACUCAUGCAGUAAUAAAGAAGGGCAUGGUAUUUAAUGUGAACGUUGGUUUGGCGAAUCUAGCAAAUUCGGAAGCUGCUGAUAAAGGAGGAAAAGUCUAUGCUCUUUUCAUUGGUGAUACAGUCAUGGUUAAUGAGGGACAACCCGCUACAAAUUUAACACCAUCAAAGAAAAAAGUGAAAAACAUUGGAAUAUUUGUUAAAGAUGAUGAGGAAGAGGAAGAAGAAGGAAGUGGAAAGGAAAAUGAACCUAAACCUGGAAUACUUGAUCGUGGAAAAAGAACAGCAGUGAUAGAAUCCAAAUUAAGAACUGAACACAGUUCGGAGGAAAAAAGAAAACAACAUCAAAAAGAACUUGCACAACAAUUAAACGAAGUUGCAAAAGCUCGGUUAGCUCAACAAUCUGGCGGGAAAGAACAAGAAAAAAUACGGAAAUCAACAAUAUCGUACAAAAGUCUGAGUCAUAUGCCACGGGAACCGGAAGUAAAAGAAUUGAAAUUAUACGUUGAUAAAAAAUAUGAAACUGUAAUACUGCCCAACAUUUCUCAGUCAGUAGAGGGAGAUUACACGUAUCUCAGAAUAAAUUUUUUUCACCCUGGUGCCACAAUGGGUCGAAACGAAGGUGGAUCUUAUCCACAACCCGAUGCUACAUUUGUUAAAGAAGUAACAUAUCGAAGUACAAACACCAAAGAGCCUGGUGAAAUUUCAGCACCAUCUUCUAAUUUAAAUACAGCCUUCAGACUGAUCAAAGAAGUUCAAAAGAAAUUCAAAAAUAGAGAAGCAGAAGAGAGGGAAAAGGAGGAUCUUGUAAAACAAGACACUUUAAUAUUAUCCCAAAAUAAGGGUAAUCCAAAAUUAAAAGACUUAUACAUUCGACCGAAUAUUGUUUCGAAAAGAAUGACAGGAGGCUUAGAAGCACAUGUGAAUGGAUUCCGUUAUACUUCGGUUAGAGGAGAUAAAGUUGAUAUUCUUUACAAUAACAUUAAGAAUGCCUUUUUCCAACCAUGUGAUGGUGAAAUGAUCAUAUUGCUUCAUUUUCAUUUAAAACAUGCAAUAAUGUUUGGUAAAAAGAAACAUGUAGAUGUACAGUUCUAUACUGAAGUUGGUGAAAUUACGACAGAUUUAGGAAAGCAUCAACAUAUGCAUGAUCGUGACGACCUUGCUGCUGAACAAUCGGAACGAGAACUUAGGCACAAAUUAAAAACUGCGUUCAAGAGCUUCUGCGAAAAGGUUGAAAGUAUGACGAAACAGGAGAUCGAAUUUGAUACACCUUUCCGAGAACUAGGAUUUCCUGGUGCACCAUACAGAAGUACUGUUCUUCUGCAGCCCACCAGUGGAUGUUUGGUUAAUCUUACAGAAUGGCCUCCGUUCGUUAUCACUUUGGAGGAUGUUGAACUUGUUCAUUUUGAAAGAGUACAAUUUCACCUUAAGAAUUUUGAUAUGAUUUUUGUCUUCAAAGACUAUCAUAGGAAGGUUGCGAUGUUAAACGCCAUACCUAUGAACAUGCUGGAUCAUGUAAAAGAAUGGUUGAAUUCGUGCGACAUCAGAUACACGGAAGGUGUACAAUCUUUGAAUUGGACAAAAAUUAUGAAAACGAUUACAGACGAUCCUGAAGGUUUCUUUGACAGUGGUGGAUGGAGUUUCUUGGAUCCAGAAAGUGAUGCAGAGAACGAAGAUGUCGAUGAUGAAGAAGAAGAAGAGGAUGAUGCUUACGAGCCAUCUGACAUGGACAGCGAAGAGGAAUCUGAUGAUGAUUCUGAGUACUCUGAAGCGUCAGAAGAUUCGGUCAGUGAAGAGGAGGAAUUAGGUUCUUCUGAAGAAUCUGGCAAAGAUUGGUCCGAUUUAGAACGAGAAGCUGCCAAGGAAGAUAAGGAACGAGGAGAAGAUCGAUUCCACGAUGAUUAUAAUUCAAGCAAAAAGAAAAAAUCUAAUCGAAAACAUUCAGUGUCGCCAUCAAAGGACAGGCAUAAUUCGAAGCACAAGAGUUCUUCCAGUUCAAAAAGUAAAAGUUCGUCCAGUAGUAAAGACAAAAAGUCGUCGUCUUCUGACAAACAUAGAUCGGAUCGAUCGCGGAGUGGAGGAUCACACAAGAAAGUGUCUCCUUCCAAAUCAUCCAAACACAGUCCUAAGAAGAGCGACAAACACGAUAAACAUGAUAAACAUAACUCGUCUAGCAGUAGGAAACGAUCUCGUGAGGAUAGCGCAGAAAAAAAUGAUAGGGGGUCGAAGAAAUCUAAAAAAUAAGGAGGAUCAUCAAUUUAUUGGAAGUCAAGCACAUAUUAAAACACGAAAACCGAA